AUGACAUCCAAGGGUGGAGCACGCAGGUCAUUGGUGCCACCAGUGGACUUGGAUGCUUUGCGAAAAAUUUUUGAGACAGCUGUGGCCACCCAAGGUGCUGAUGCUUUUAAACUUGGUGACUAUCAGGAGAAAAGUGUAAGCACAGCUGUGAGCUCUGCAGGUUUGCACCACAAUGCAAAGUAUGUCAAGGAGUUCUACAAAAUCUCAGAAGGAGAAAUUCCCUCUGGGCAGUUGAAGCAGUGCAUCCUCAAAUAUGGGUACACUCACAACGACAGUGAGUGGAAGGAUGACCUGUGGGCAGGCAAGCUUGCAAGUCAAUUUGUCUGCUUGCUCAGCCAUGUGAGAAGACUGAAAAGAGACUCUUCGAAACUAAGGCAGUGCCUGCAGGGAGCUACAGGGGCUGAAAGGCAAUCCAUUCUUGAAAUUGUGGAUUUGCCAGAUGCUUGCAAGAAAGCAGCCCCAGGUCCUGAGGAUGACCAGGCCUGCAAGAAGGCCAAAGCUGCCAAGGAGACUUCUUCUGCGAAAGCUGCAGAGGCUGGUGGCCAAGGAAGUUCCAGCUCUGCUUCUUUGAAAGAACCCGAGGAGCAGGCCUGCAAGAAGGCCAGAACUUUGAAACUACAAGUUUCAGAUGUUUCUGUGGACUCCCAUGGCUGGCCAGCCAUUCUCAAUUCUCCAAAGGCUGCAAAAGAAGAAGAAGAAGAAGUGAAAGAUUGCUUUUCCAGAAACAUGACAAUUCUGGAAAAAAUGAGGGUAAGCUGCAAGGAGCAGCUGGAUAAAGCUGCACAAGAGGCAGCCCAAGAGUUGGUUGAGAGCAGACCAGGGCUUGAAAGAAGGUCAGAAAUCCAAAAAAAGCCAGCCAGCAAAGAAUGCAAAAAAAAGCCAGCUUCGAAGAAAGCUUCCUUGCCCAAGGCAAAAAGCUUAAGGCCUGAAAGAAGGCCCACAGAGAAGCAAGGACCAAAAAAAGAAGCAGCACCACAGCCAGAACCAUUGGUGGCAGCAGAAGGGCCAAGGCCUGAAAGAAGGCCAUGGUCAGCAGUGAAAAAAGUCAUGGGCAAGGACCAAGCCUAUCUCAUGGGCCUUUUUGGAAGAGAUUGGAAGCUCAUCAUUGGCUGCACCAAAAGAAUGGGAAAGAUUUUCCCAGGCCGAGCUUAUGCUGGCUAUGUGCCCUGGGGUCAUGAAAAGGAUUGGGAUGAUGGCGACACCUGGACUGGCUGGGAAAGGGAGCCUGAUAGGGAGCUGAGAGACAGGGAGAGAAGGUGGAGGGACAGGGAUGAGGAGGAGGAAUCAUCCUCUGACAACUCCCUGCGCAGGGGGCAGAGGAGACAGGAGGAGGAGGCUCCCAGAAGCACACAGGGCCGCCUCUUUGGCCCAAGCCCUGCAGAGGCAGCCAGGGAAGGCCUGCAAGAAGGCCAAAAAGGGAAAAGCAAAGGCAAAGCCAAGGCCAAAGAAAAGGGGUCAGGUGCAAGCAGCAGCAGGCCUGAAAGAAGGCCAGCUUUUGUCCCUGAGCAUCGACCAGGGGAGGAGGAUUGGGACCCUUUCAGGCAAGAAGCCAGGGGCAAGAGGGGAAGGGAAGCGAGAAAGGCUUUGAGGGCCAGAGACCCUGAAGUCCAAGCCAGGAAAGAGAAGGGCCUGAAAGAAGGCUUUAAGGAAGACAAGGUUCAGCCUUUGCAUGAAGGGAGCAGGAAAUGGAGGAUGAUCAAGGAGAGGGAGAAGGAGGUGAAGGAGGAGGAGGAGCAACUAAUGCUUGAAAGAAAGCAGUUGCUGGAAGAGAAGGCAGCCUUCUUGGAAGAGAAGGCUGCAUGGCUCAGCAAGCAGGAGAUGAGCCCCAGCCCUGCCAGAGGGGUUGUCCUGCAGGAAGGGCCAGGGGCCAGGCCUGAAAGAAGGCCAAAAAGGAAGGACAGCAGCAGCAGCAGGCCUGAAAGAAGGCCAAAAAGGAAGGACAGCAGCAGCAGCAGGCCUGAAAGAAGGCCUAAACAAAAAGCCGGCAGAUCCUCCUCCUCUUCUUAUUCAUAUGAAUACAGUGAAGAGGAGGAGGUAUUUGUGGAGGAGGAGCAGCCAGACUGGCAGGAGGAGGAGGAGGAGAAAGAGGAAAAGGAGGAGGAGGAGCAGCCAAAGAAAAAGGACCCCAAGGACAAGGAAAAGAAAGCUGCAAAGGAGGAGGAGGAGCGAAAGGAGAAAAAGGUUUCCAAGGAAAAGGAAGCUGCAAAGAAGGAGAAGAAGCCCCAAAAGGAAGAGAAGCCCAAGGAGAAGGAGAAGGAAGAUGACAAGGAUAUGGAGGAGGGGAAAACAGCCAAGAAGCGAAAGGAAAGGAAGAAAGUGGUCAAGGAGGAGGAGGAGGGGCAGGAGGAGGGAAAAGAAAAAAGAGAGAAAGAGGUGGAGAAGCAGCAAGAAGGCCUGCAAGAAGGCCAAGUAGGAGCUUCUGAGCCCGAAGCAACUCAGGAAGAAGCAACCCAGGGGGCAACUGCUGAGGAGCAGCAAGAGGGCCUGCAAGAAGGCCACCAACCAGAUGCUUCUGAAGAAGGGAAACCAGCUGCUGAGGCUGAGAUAGAGGAAGCAGCAAAGAUGCUUCCAGAAAGUGUAGCAAAGGCAGCCCAGGCAAGCCUGAAAGAAGGCUCUGAGGCUGGUGCCACUUUGACUUCUUCCAGGCUCAAACUUCACGAAAAAACACAGGCAGCCAUCCAAGGCCUGAAAGAAGGCCACCUGUCAGAGGCUGCAUUCUGGCAGGAAAUCUCCAACAAAGACAGAGCUGCCUUGUGGAAAAAAUAUGAAGGAGCCAGGAACAAAGACCCUGAAGCCAAAGCAGCUUGGCUCCAGAUGGGUGGCCCAGGUGUCCUGGAUCAGAAGAAGCAACUGCUUCUGCACUUCCUGAAGACUGGUCAGGCCCAGGAAGGGGGCUUGAAAAAAAGCCAAGAAGUCGCCAACUCCAAGAAGGAGAAAGAAUGGUUUGAGUGGGUCCCCUGGAAGCAGAUCCUUGACUGGUAUGGGGAAGAGGAGGCCCUGGCCAGGGUAGAGAGUGGUUUAAUAGCAGUGAAAAAGGUGGGAAAGAAAUUCUAUGAAUUUCUCCUGGUGAAGAUCAGGACCGAGCUCACACUGGAGCAAAAAAAAAGGAUUGCUGCUGAGCAAGAAAUAGCACUGCAAGGUGAGGAACUGAAGGCCUGCAAGAAGGCCUUAGCAGCAGCAAGAACAAAACAGGAAUGGGAUGACCUUUGGCUUGAAAAAAAGCCACAGAAAGGCUUCCAGGUUGAAGAUGCUUUGUCAGAACCUUCUGAAACUUCUUCUGAACAUGAGGACGAAAGUUCAGCAGAGCAACAUAAUCCUGCAGCAAGUUUCCUGCAAGGCCUGAAAAAAGGCCAGGCUAUGGUCUCUCAGAAAAAAGAAAAAAGAAAUGCUGACAAGCAGAAGCACCUCGCAAAGGAAGAGAAAGUCAAGGAGGAGGACAGCAGAGCUUGCAAGAAAGCUCAGGCAGAGAAGACUAAGAUUGCCAAAAAAAAGGAAGCAGACAAAAAAUGGCACACAAAGUUAGAGGAAGCCACACAAGUGGGUGAAAACGAAAAGGACAGUAAGGUCAAGAAGAUGCUGGCCUUGGUCAGCAAAGGAGUGGCUGAUUUGAAGAAGGCUUGCAAGAAAGCCAAAGAUGCCAGCUGGGGUGCAGAUGUCCUGCAAGCUCUCAUCAAAUCUAGAGACAGCUUGGAAGAUUUGGCAACAGAUGGUGAGCUGGAAGGCAUCAAGAACCACUUGCUGGAAGCAGCAUCAGCUCUGAAGGCUUUCAAGAAAUUGCUCACUGCCUAG